AUUUGAUGGUGCUCUCCUCGCUAGCGCUUCCACAGACGACACCAUCAAGCUCUGGGCUUUCGAGUCCCGCCAGCUCCUCGCCUCAUUCCAUGUUCAGGGACCGCACUGCAUUAUCCUCUCACCCAACUCACAUCAACUGGCUUACACGACUUGGUGUGAUAUGAAGUCCAGGAUUUCCAUGUGCGACAUUCCACCUAACAUUCUCGUUAGUGUAUGGCCUGCACAGGAAGCACAGCUCAAUAUCAAUACGCCUCGCAAUCCACGCCGCGCUGUGCGCCAUAAUCCCAUCAAAGUUCCCGUCCGCGUCCCACCAAAACGCACAAAAUACCCACAGCGACCCGCUUUCCUUCACUACCUUCGUAAACUUCUCCCUUCCUCCUCCCGCACGAACGCACUUCGUCCUAUUCAGAACCACGAACCUAGUGAUCCGCUGGACUUCCCUGCUACGUUGCCCUUACCUCCAAAUUACUCUCCCUCGGGGCAGGCCACGACUCAGUCUCGAUCCGCACGACUACCGCCUGCCUCUCAGUCCUCUACUGCUGUUCCCACUACCUUCAAAUCUCGCAUACGCCACUUAUCAGCCCGGUUGCCUAUCGUCGAUGUUCCUCUUGCACAGGGUAAAGAGCGCAACGCUGCAGCGGGUGCUCCCCCCAAGCGUAAUGAUGAUUGGAUCCCUGAUGAAGACCAUGUCUUUCCUCCUCCUUCACCGACCCCCGGCUCGCAGCCACAAUCUGCAGCGAGGCCGAUUAAUGUUACCUCUGGAGAGCAUGGAAACGAUCACUCAUGUUUUUGCUUUUAGCACUGUUUCGAGGGCAUUUCAUUUUGAAUUGGAGGCGUUGUCCUAUUAACAUUUAGCAGAUGUGCUCAUUACACCCUUUGGAAUAUUUCUCGUCCUUUUAUCAAUAGCAUACUGACUACAAACCUCAUGUCCUUCUUCAGUUAUUCACUUAGAUUCCGCUAGAUUCAUACGAGGUUACAUACGCUCGUCAAAAGUACUUGAGCACAGAUUGUGUGCGUGUGUCGAAAUAUUACCUAUACGCAGAGGACCAUUUCCAGCUUCAAAUCAUAC